CUUUUCUCAGAAAACUGGCCAGUCACUUAGAGCACAUCAGGAAAACAUAGAGGCUGGUUGCAUCUACCAUGAGCCUUGUAGGAUAAGUCGUCAGUGAUCCUUCAUCCUGAGCGUCACUCAGGGAAGCCCUCUCUGCACUGCCAGCUUGCUCCAUUCCAUUCCUUCUUCUUAGUCUCCUCAUCAGGUUUCCUCUUUCCUGCUCUGGUUUUUCACCCUUCUUUGUCUUGAAGUUCUUUCAUUUCUUCAACCAUGGCUCCGACCCUGGCCACAGCGUUUGCUAGGCGCUGGUGGAUGGCAGUGACCGCUAUCAUUGAGAAUCUGCUCUUCUCUGCUGUGCUGUUGGGAUGGGGAUCACUGCUCAUCAUGCUCAAGUCAGAAGGCUUCUACUCAUACCUUUGCAAUGAGGAGGGUAACAGCACUAGUUAUAAUCUGUCUCAGCCUUUGCCAACCCAAACACCUGAUGAGUACAUUGACUACUAUGAGGACACUGGCGUUGUGGGUCUGGGAGAUGGGGUGGAAAUGAAACCACUGGUCCCUGUAGAUGGACCCCUGGAGAUGAACGGUUGGCUGAUCUGUAAAGAGCAGGAUGAGAUGCUGAACCUGGCGUUCACCGUCGGCUCCUUCCUGCUCUCAGCCAUCACCCUGCCACUGGGGAUUGUCAUGGACAAAUAUGGGCCUCGUAAACUUCGACUACUGGGAAGCACAUGUUUUGGACUGUCCUGUCUACUAAUCGCUUAUGGAGCCUACAAACCAAAUGAACUCUCUGUCCUCAUCUUCAUUGCCUUGACUUUUAAUGGAUUUGGAGGCAUGUGCAUGACCUUCACAUCACUCACAUUGCCUAACAUGUUUGGGGAUCUUCGCUCCACCUUCAUCGCCCUCAUGAUUGGCUCAUACGCUUCCUCAGCUGUCACAUUCCCUGGUGUCAAGGUAAUCUAUGAUCUCGGUGUGCCUUUCAUCACCAUUCUGGUUGUGUGGGCGGCCUGUGCUGGCCUUGUCUUCCUGAACUGCUUCUUCAACUGGCCACUGGAGCCGUUCCCAGGACCAGAAGACAUGGACUAUACUGUGAAGAUCAAAUUCAGCUGGUUGGGUUUUGACCACAAAAUCACUGGGAAGCAGUUCUACCGCCAAGUGACCACAGUGGGCCGCCGUCUGAGUGUGGGCCACAGCUUGAAGCAGGACGACCUGCCCACUAAGGAGGGCCACAAGCUCUGUCUCUCCACCAUGGACCUAGAAAUGGACUGCAAGCCACAAGAACAAUCUCAGUCCUUCCUGAAAAGCAUCACCAGCCCCAUCUUCAUUCUCAGUUUGGUGACCAUGUCAGUCACUCAGCUUCGCCUUUUGUUCUACAUGGGAGCCAUGAACAAUGUGUUGGAAUCGCUCACUGAUGGAGACCUCAACACAGUGGAGAGGAUGGAAGUCGUGAGUUUAUACUCCUCCAUCUUUGGCGUGCUGCAGCUGCUUUGCCUGAUGACCACUCCUGUGAUUGGUCAGAUAAUGGACUGGAAACUGAAGGACUGUGAUGAUGGAGAAGCAGAAAAGAAACCCAGCAACAAGUUGGAGCCAAUGAAAAAACGCAGAGACAAAAAAACUCAGAAGGUGACCAAUGCCCUUCGAGCAUUCGUCCUCACAAACGUCCUUCUAGUGGGCUUUGGAAUCACCUGCCUUGUGCCCAAUCUGCCCUUACAGAUUGUGUCAUUUGUCUUACAUACUGUUGUGAGAGGAUUCAUUCACUCUGCUGUUGGUGGCCUCUAUGCUGCUGUGUAUCCUUCCUCCCAGUUUGGAAGUUUAACCGGCAUGCAGUCUUUGGUCAGUGCUGUGUUUGCGUUGCUGCAGCAGCCACUGUUUCUGGCCAUGAUGGGACCCCUGGAGGGAGAUCCACUCUGGGUCAAUGUUGGACUGUUUGGCCUCAGCAUGCUGGGCUUCUUGCUGCCUCUUUACCUGAUCUGCUACAGACGAACCCUCUACAAAGCACAAGAGGAAAAGGAGAACAACGCCAAGAUCUACAUUAAAAUCAAUGGCUCUGAUAUUCCCGAAGCCUUUGUUUAG